AUGCCCCCGUCCCCUAAACAACCUCUUGGACUUCGUAUUAAGGAACUGGUGCAGCAUUUCCAAUUUGUCUGGUGGAUAGGACAUUGUACCGUUGUAAUUAGUACAUUUGCUUAUUUCCUCAACUUGGUUCUAUGGCGUUCUGAGGAGGCAGCAUGGUGGUAUUAUUGGGCUUAUCGGGGCGCGAUAUUAAGUUAUGGGAUUGUUGUCUACAAGUCAUAUGGGCUUCCUUCUUGGGAUUGGGAUUACAUCAGAAGCAUCAAUCGGGAUGAGAAUAUAUUCUAUCUUGCAUUGGCUCUAGUAUGGCAUUCUUAUCCACCAAUUAUAGCUACUCUUAUACCGAAUGCCACAUUCUCUCUAUUUCACUUUCUUACAUAUCUCCGCACCAAUGUCAUUCCCACAUUUGCACCACAAGCUGCAUCAAGCCCUCGAGCUGGGACUAAGCCUGCUUUAAGUGGUCUCUCAAAGUCAAUCCAGACUUGGGUCAAUACUUAUUACGAGGGGGCUAUGCGGAUAGUGAGCUUCACCGAAGUAGUUGUUAUUACAGCAUCAUUGAUUUGGAAUAUAAUCACACUCCAAGUGCCGUUAUAUACGCUUCUUAUCUACGGCUUCUUUUUGCGAAUCAGAUAUCAUAUGAAUCAAUACACUAAACGUACAUUCUCUCAUCUUGGGCAGAGGUUGGACAGUUGGCUGUUGCCUCCUUCGGCUGAUUCGAGAAUUCCGCCAUAUGUAACAAACGCAUAUCGACAUGCAAAAACAGCAGUUGCGUGGUUUGGACAGGUACACCCCGUGCGACGAUAA